AUGGAUACUAAUAACACGGCGGCAAGUGAACAACAAAAUGCUUCUAUUGAAACAUUUUCUUCCGCGGCAAUUUUUAAUGGUGCUUUAACGAUUGGUAUGUUUAUUGCUUUUGAAUUAGUAAGAAAAAGAAAUAAAAAAAUUUACGAGCCAAGAACUUAUUUAUUACCUGAAAGUAAACGUACGCCGGCUGCAUCAAGUGGGUUUCUUAGAUGGAUGGUUUCGACAAAUUCGCUAACUGACGAUCAAAUAAUACGACGAAUUGGAUUGGAUUCUUACAUGUUUAUAAGAUUUCAACGUCUUUUCAUGAUAGUAUUUGCUAUUUUCUCUGUUCUUGGGAUAGCUGUAAUUUUACCAAUCAACUAUUUCAACUAUCACGAGCAAGGUUCUCCUGAUGUCUUGGAAAAAUUUACCAUUGGAAAUAUAGGUAAUGAGAAUUCCAAUAAGUUAUGGGCCCACGCUCUAAUGUCUUAUGUGUUCACUGGUAUUGUGGUGUACAUGUCACACCGUGAAUUAAAUCAUUAUAUACGACUAAGACAUGAAUUUCUAUCGUCCCCUGGGCAUCGAACAUCACCUAAAGCUACCACAAUAUUAGUAACGGGAAUUCCCAACGAACUAAAUAAUCAGGAAUCACUAAGAUCACUUUUUGGGAUUUUUCCUGGUGGCGUUAAAAAUAUUUGGAUAAAUAGAGACCCUGGAAAACUUGUUAAAAAAACAAAUGAAAGAAAAAAGCUUGUAACAAAAUAUGAAAGAGCGGCAACUCAAUUAAUAAUCAAUCAUUCUAAACAACACGAAAAAAAAACUGAUAACACCAAUGAUGAUAGCAUCAAUGAUGAUAACACCAAUGGUGAUAACACUAAUGAUGAUAACACUGAGAAAAUACGGCCUGUGCACCGCAAGAUACCAAUUGUUGGCAAGAAGGUUGAUUCGUUGACUACGUAUCAUACGAAAUUAUUGGAUUUGAAUAAGAGUAUAAAUGAUUUGCAAAAAAAUCCAGUAGCUUUCAAAAAAUUGAAUUCGGCAUUUAUACAAUUCAACAAUUAUAUCGGCGCUCAAUUGGCUGCCACUUCAAUAUGGCCUAAAAAUUUGAAUGAUAUUGCAGCAAAAGAUGUUAUUUGGGAUAAUUUGAAUUAUACCAAGAAUCAACUAAUGAUCAAAAAAAUUGUUAGCCUUUUAGCUGCAUCUGCCUUAGCAUUACUUUGGUUUCUACCUGUUACAUUUUUGGCAUUGAUAAGUAAAUACGAAAAUCUUACAAAAAUUCUUCCAUUUUUAAAGUCUGGAGUAUUACCAGAAUCAAUUACUGGACUAAUUCAGGGUAUUAUACCGCCUGUAGGCUUAGCAAUAUUAAUGACAAUUUUGCCUGUAAUUCUAAGAAUCUUAUCAAAAUUUGAGGGAAUAGUGACACAUUCCAGAGUGGAAAUAAGUGUACAACAAAAAUAUUUUUUCUUUUUAGUAGUGAAUGUAUUGCUGGUGACAGCAUUGGCAAAUGGGGUAUUAUCAGCAUUACCCCUCAUUUUAAAUGUAGGGGAUACGGUCAACGUUUUGGCCGCAAAGUUACCAGCAGUUUCCACUUUCUUCCUAACCUAUGUAUUCUUGUCAUUAUCGGGUUCGGCAAUGGAAUUAUUACAAAUUGUUCCAUUGAUAGUCUAUUUGAUAUCUAAAAGAUUUCUGGCAAAAACUCCAAGAAACAUUUAUUAUUUGGAAAAAGAUAUGAAGUAUGUCGAAUGGGGUACUAGGUUUCCUACACAUGUUUUAAUGGCUGCGAUAGGACUAAUGUCAUUGACAACAGCCUUUUACCCUGUUAUUCUUAUGAUUAUUCUGUUCACCAUUACCGUUGCUGCAUUAAUUUGGAUGAAACAAAUAUUUAAUCUUAAUCCAAGAGCUGAAUUUUUGCCGGCUGAUUUUAAGGGAGCCGUUGAUGUGAACACAGGAAAAUUAAUAAUCAACCAAACAGUUAAUGAAAAUGGAAAUGAUAAUGGCAUAUCAGAUAAAGAGGUUUCCUAUUGUUUGAAUGAUGGAAUUGACGCGACGAAUCAAGAAGCAAGUAUAAACGAUAAACACAAAGUUGUCGUAAAUAACUUCAGCCGAAUACCUAGAGGAUCACAAGUUGACGCCGAUGGUUCUGUUGCCAAUAAUAUUGGAUUAGUUUUAUAA